AUGCAAGGGUGCAUUUUUUUUUUCACGUCCCGACUCGUGAUUGUUCAAAAAGAAGAAGAAGAAGAAGAAGAAGAAGAAGAAGAAGAAGAAGAAGAAGAAGAAGAAGAAGAAGAAGAAGAAGAAGAAGAAGAAGAAGAAGAAGAAGAAGAAGAAGAAGAAGAAGAAGAAGAAAGAAGAAGAAGAAGAAGAAGGGAAAGAGGUGAAGGGGAGUACGAGCCUCUGCAAUUUAUACCCCCAGCGUCUAAAAAAAAAAAGAGGGGGGGGGGGGGGGGGGGGGGGGGGGGGGGGGGGAGAAGGGGAGCGAGAGAGGGAGCGGGAAAGAAGGGACCAAACACAAAUGAAGGCGAGUUAAAAGAAACCAAGCCUACCAAGCGAGAGGGCUUGCUCAAGCAUUAUGGGGAGCAUCCCGACCCGCAUAGGUCCGCAAGCAUGUCAUUGCUCUCACCCUCACCCUCUCAGCAGCAUCUCGUUGGACGUAUGCAAGUAUGA